AUGUCGAUGCCAUCACCUCGCCAAGCUACGAGAGACAUCAACAUCGAGGCGGCUGCAAUCCCGGUCACCGUCGACCAACGCAUCAGCAUAGCCUACUAUUUUUGCAUCGCUGACAACCUCCUCCGCCAAGCCAACAUAUAUCGGGAGGAGAAGAAUCUCCUUGACCUUUAUAUCAUCCUCUUGAGAUACUCGAGUUUGUUGUGUGAGACUAUCCCAAAACAUCGUGAUUAUCAUGCAUUCAAGUUAAGAGAAAAGGAAUUCUUGAAGAAAAGCCCGCACAAUUCUGAUAAACUCAUGAAUGUUGUUAAUGAGCUUGAGGCUCUUAAGCCAGGUGUGCAACAGCAAAUUGCUGAGCUUAAUAGAGGAGUUGCAGAAGAACCUAAUGGCCAAAAUGGAACCUAUGUUGCAACUAGUAGGAUGGAUCAUCUGACCCAAAGUUCAUGUUUGACACAGCCAUUGGUUGGAAGCCCUACAGGAUUAUUGAAGAAACCAUUCUUUGCAGGGAAGCAUCAAGUGGAACCAGGAUCUAGUGGCAAACCUAAUAGUCAGCUUGUCAGAUCAUAUGGGAAUCUGCCUUAUCCUAAAGAAGAAACACUAUCCAGACAUUUGGUUCUAGGGCCUAAUGGGCUUCAUGGCAAAUGGACAGCGCAUGUUGCUGGUACCAGGAUCCAAUAUCCAAGUAAUGCUGAACUAACUCAAAGUGACAUCUCUAGUUUACUACCAUCAAUCUUGAACCCAGACGUAUUGUAUGGUCCUAGUAAAUCACAAGAUUUUCCAAUAAAUGAAAAUAAGGAUAUGCAAUCUGUUUUGUCCUUAGACGAUGGUCGAUGGUUUUUACCAGUAGAGGAGCCAACUUCUGUGUCUCCUGGUUUUGAAGAAGAAUUUUCUCAGUUGAAUAUCAGACAAGUUUCUCCCCCACCAUUCAUGGCACAAGUACAUGCACAGCAUAGAACAAUCUCUACAUCAACAGUUGCUGAUUUGGGACCAGGAAUUGCUACUUCUAGCACUGGACGUUAUCAGAAUUUGCAUGUGCCAGUGACACUAAUGGAGUGUUUUCUGAGGGUUGCAGAGGUAAACACCGCAAAUAAUUUGGAAACAUGUGGGAUUCUUGCUGGUACGCUGAAAAAGAGAGCCUUCUCUGUGACAACACUGACAAUUCCUAAGCAGAAAUCAACAUCUGAUUCAUGUCAAGCUACAAAUGAAGAAGAAAUAUUUGAAGUUCAGGACAAAGGCUCACUUUUCACUGUUGGUUGGAUUCAUACACAUCCAACACAGACCUGCUUCCUAUCUUCCAUCGAUCUUCACAAUCACUAUUCAUACCAGGUCAUGCUUCCUGAAGCAAUUGCAAUAGUUAUGGCACCUACUGAUACAACAAGAAAACAUGGUAUAUUUCAUCUCACGGAUCUAGGUGGUAUGGGCGUGAUACAUUAUUGCCAAGAGAGUGGAUUUCAUCCUCAUGAGCCUCUCGAUGGUACAUCCAUCUAUGAGCAUUGCUCCCAUGUGUACAUGAACCCAAACGUGAAAUUUGAUAUGGUGGAUCUCCGUGAUUUGUGA